AUGGCGGCAACUAAUCCAGACCCGCCAACGCCCCUCUUCUGGACCCUAAUCCUUAUAAUCACCGCCCUGUGUCUCACUCUGGUGGUGGCCGCGCAGAUCGCUGCGAGAUACUCGAGCGCCUACAUGGCCGCGCCGCGCGAGAUUGUGACGUUUAUCGACACGAUUGACGACUCCAUACAUGAGAAUGAGAGUUACGACCGCGACGUGGCGCGCGUGCAGCGCCUCGAGGACAAGCUGCGCCUCGGCCGCCUGCUCCGCGAGAUCCAAAAGAGCGGCGACGACCUGCGCGAGGCCCUCAACGGCCUGCUCGUCGACACGGACGAGCACACGACCGAGCUGCGCACCAGCGCCCGCAUCCUCUGGGCCGGCCACCGCAAGGAGCUCGAGGAGCGGAUCCGCCGCCUCGACCUCUUGCGCAUGCGCUUCUUGACCGUCUACAUGGGCAUCAUUGCCACGUCCCUGAGCCACCGCGACAAGCAGGCCAAGGAGUCGGAGAGAAUGUCCAUUGCCGCGAGGAAUAUACCCCCGCCGCCGCCACUUCCCCGCAGCUUGUCGGAGAAUCUAAAGACUAUCGAAACCAUGAAGAAGAAGCCCUCGUUGCGCCGUCUGAGAGGCCCGUCUAUAGGGCACAGCGAAAAGGUGGCACCGCCGCAGCGCAUGGGCUGGAUGGGCGUGGUUGCCGAGUUGCAAAGAUCGCCGAUUCUGCAAAGGCGACAUGCCUCGAUAGAGAGUGCAAUGCGAUCACCGCUUCUGACGCCUCUGGGCAGUCCGGUUCCGACCUUUGGGAACAAUGAUUCUGCCCCGCCACCUUUUAGCCUCGAUGAGUUGACAGAGAAGGGUGGCUGA